CCUUUCCUUACAAAUGAGGAGGGGAUGAGGGGAAGCGGAGAGCUAUUGUUAGUUCUAAGACGGGUAUUCUAGAGUAGUGACGGAGGGAGAGUAAAAGAAGGGCAAUAAAAACACGACCGUCGUUAGAGAGUGGAACUGAGGAGCUCACAUCUAAGUUGCUCCUCGUCUGACAUCACCUAGUUACCUAGCAGUGGUAUAGCUAGCGAAUGAAUGAGUUAACAGCAACGAUCAUUUCUCCAUAGAGCCACCCGCAAAGAUGUUUGGAUACGCGAGUAGCGCCUUCGUACUCCUCGCCGUCUUCGUGGCGUGGACUUUCAUUAAGUCCAAACUCCGGAAGCGCCGCAACAGCGAGAAAGCCGCAGCUUUAGGCUGCCUGUCGCCUCCUGUGCUGCGCAGCACCAAUUUCAUCGGUAACUCAAUUUUGCGCGAGUCGCUGCGGGCUACACGGGAAGACCGUGGUCCUCAGUAUGUCGCCGAGAAGAUGGAUUCCAUCUCGCCAAAUUGUCAUACCAUCAAGGUACCAAUCAUUGACUACGAAAUCCUCGUCACCCGCGACCCGGAAAAUGCGCGCGCUCUGUUCACCUCCGCGGACUUCGACAUUAGCCACCAUCGUCAGUUAAGCUGGAUGCCUCUUCUCGGCAAAGGCGUAUUCACAUCCCGUGGCGACAUCUGGAAGCACAGUCGGGCACUACUGCGGCCCCAAUUCGCCCGCGACAUGAUCAGCGAUCCCCAGCUUGAGGAACAUCACCUGCAGAACCUAUGGGGCCUGCUGUCCGCAGACCCGACGACGGGUUGGACGCAGAAGGUUGACCUUGCGCCACUAUUCUUCCGGUUCACACUUGACACUUCGACGGAGUUUAUCUUCGGCCGGUCGGCCAACUCGCUUCUCUGGAAGAGCAGCAGCGAGAAGGGCCUUAGUGAUGACGACAAGCGAAAGGGAGAUCUAAGCGGUCACUUCAACGCCGCUAAGGUGUGGAUCGACAAGCGUGGCGCUCUGGCUAAGUUCUACUGGCUUAUGAACAGUCGUGAAUUCAGCGAGCACUGCGCUGCUAUCCAUCAGUUCGCCGAUGGCCUAGUAGCGGACCGGCUCGCUCGUUCAUCUUUUGAGAAGACUGGCGGUUCUGAUCCUGAAAAGGGUGGAGCGCCAGAUGGCGGUCGGUUCAACCUGCUUAAUGAACUAGCUAAGGAGACACAAGACCCCCGCGAGCUACGCAAUGAAACCCUACAUGUCCUGAUUGCUGGGCGGGAUACUACUGGCUGCCUACUGGGUUGGGUGCUCUACUUCCUUGCUCGCCACCCGCAGGUCUAUGCCCGGCUGCGACGCGAUGUACUUGAACGUUAUGGAGAUGACCGGUCGCCGCCGAUGGAUCUGCGCGCUCUAGGUGGUCAACAACAGCUACCGUACCUACAGUGGGUUAUCAACGAAGCACUUCGCGUAGCUACCGUGAUCCCGCUUAAUGAGCGUAUCGCACUACGAGAUACAGUGCUACCCCGUGGGGGUGGACCCGAUGGUACUGCACCCGUAUUCGUGCCAGAGGGUACUCAGGUUCUUAUCCCGCUAUACGCCAUGCAACAUCGUAAGGACCUUUGGGGUCCAGAUGCGGACGAGUUCCGCCCCGAGAGAUGGGAGACGCAUCGUCCUGGAUGGGAGUACAUUCCUUUCGGGGCUGGAGCACGGAAGUGCUUAGGUCAACAAUUCGGGCGACAGGAGGUGAGUUACGUUGUAGCACGGUUCUGUCAGAAGUAUGACAAUAUCGAGAACAUGGAAGAGGGCGAUGGUCGCAUUCGUUUACACCACGCCAUCGAGAACCGGUCUGGUACGGGUGUUCAAGUGAGGCUUCACGAAGCCAGGACUUCUGCUUGAAAUGGUAUAAUAACUGCCUAAGUACUUACCUAUGUAUGUACUUGUAUGGUUGCUGUAUGAAUGAUAUAGUAUAAUGUAAUAUUUUAAUGUUUACGGGAUGAACACUUUGACUAUAUUUUUGCCUCCUAUCUGAACUACGCGAUGUCCUUUAGAACGUAUACGUGCUUAACUUGUUCAGAACCCACUCCUUCCGGACUAUUUCUCGCAACUAUCCACACCAACCAACUCAACCAGAGAACCUAGGUACCUUGUAUGACAGUGCCCUAGACUUU